AGUCAGCAGUCAUCCAAGAGCAACCUAAAGAGGAACUUGAGCUAACAAAAAUGACCGGAGCUGCUGUGUCUGUGUGCCUGCUUUUUCUCCUGUCUGUAUGUUCAGCGUGUUACAUCUCCAACUGCCCUAUCGGAGGAAAAAGGUCCAUAAUGGAUGCACCACUGCGCAAGAGCUGCACCACAGAUCAAUCCUGCCUUAUCGAGGAGGAAGGAGAUGAACAAACCAGCCAGUUCGAUGGCAGCGACCCCGGUGACAUCAUCCUCAGGCUCCUGCAUUUGGCUGGCCACAGUUCUCCUCAUCGAGUCCACCAAUGAGCUGCUCUUGACGUCAAGGUCUCACUGCAAGCUCUCGAGCUGUGGGGAUUAAAUGGGACUUGUAGUUCACAUAGUUGUGUUUUUAUGUUUGUUGUCAUGAUGCUGGUUUUGCUCUUUUCCCCUGCAGUACUUCUGUAGAGUGCCUUUGUCAAUAUAGCCUAUUUUUAUGUAUGAAAUUAGGGGUGAAUACUUGUUGUGGUCAUCCUGUUAUCUGCAUGUUGAAAUAAAGUUUGAAGAGAGAAAUA